CUCUCGGGGCUGGCAGGCGGUUAGAGGCGUCUGAGGAAGCGUUUAAAAUGAAGAAGUUUAAUUUCCGAAAAGUUUUGGAUGGCUUAACUGCCUCCUCCCCUGGCAGUGGGAGCAGCAGCGGCGGUAACAGUGGUGGUGCUGCUGGAAGUGGCUCCCUGCAUCCAGGAGGGACUGCAGGGGUUCUCAGAGAGGAGAUUCAGGAAACCCUGACUUCAGACUAUUUCCAGAUCUGCAAGACAGUUCGACAUGGUUUUCCUUAUCAGCCCACAGCAUUAGCCUUUGAUCCAGUUCAGAAAAUCUUGGCUAUUGGAACAGGAACAGGUGCUAUACGAAUACUUGGGAGACCUGGUGUUGAUUGUUAUUGCCAACAUGAAAGUGGUGCAGCUGUUCUACAACUCCAAUUCUUGAUCAAUGAGGGUGCUUUGGUCAGUGCAAGUUCAGAUGAUACACUUCAUUUGUGGAACCUUAGACAAAAAAGGCCAGCUAUUCUUCAUUCUCUUAAAUUUAACCGAGAACGAAUUACUUACUGUCAUCUACCUUUCCAGAGUAAAUGGCUCUAUGUUGGAACGGAAAGAGGAAAUACUCAUAUUGUAAAUAUUGAAUCUUUCAUUCUUUCUGGAUAUGUUAUCAUGUGGAACAAGGCAAUUGAACUGUCCACCAAGACUCAUCCAGGACCAGUUGUACAUUUAAGUGAUAGUCCAAGAGAUGAAGGGAAACUCCUAAUAGGAUAUGAAAAUGGUACAGUAGUCUUCUGGGACUUGAAAUCUAAAAGAGCAGACUUGAGAGUUUAUUAUGAUGAGGCUAUUCAUUCAAUUGAUUGGCAUCAUGAGGGCAAACAGUUCAUGUGCAGCCAUUCAGAUGGUAGCUUGACCUUAUGGAACCUGAAAAGCCCAAGUCGCCCCAUCCAGACUACAAUUCCACAUGGAAAGAGUCAAAGAGAAGGAAGAAAAUCUGAAUCUUGUAAACCAAUUCUUAAAGUAGAAUAUAAAACCUGCAGAAACAGUGAACCAUUCAUAAUAUUCUCUGGUGGGCUGUCCUAUGACAAAGCUUGUAGAAGACCAAGUUUAACCAUCAUGCAUGGAAAAGCAAUUACAGUGCUUGAAAUGGAUCAUCCUAUUGUUGAAUUUCUAACUUUAUGUGAAACACCCUAUCCAAACGAAUUUCAAGAACCCUAUGCUGUAGUGGUGCUUCUGGAAAAAGAUCUCAUUGUAGUUGAUCUGACACAAAGCAAUUUUCCAAUCUUUGAAAAUCCAUAUCCCAUGGAUAUUCAUGAAUCACCAGUUACAUGCACAGCAUACUUUGCUGAUUGCCCUCCGGAUUUGAUUCUAGUACUCUAUUCUAUAGGAGUCAAGCAUAAAAAACAAGGAUACAGCACUAAGGAGUGGCCAAUCAGUGGGGGAGCUUGGAACCUUGGAGCACAAACAUAUCCAGAAAUUAUUAUUACUGGUCAUGCAGAUGGAUCAAUAAAAUUUUGGGAUGCUUCUGCAAUAACUCUACAGAUGCUGUAUAAGCUAAAAACUUCAAAAGUUUUUGAAAAGCAGAAGGUAGGAGAAGGAAAACAAACAUGUGAAAUUGUAGAGGAAGACCCAUUUGCCAUUCAGAUGAUUUACUGGUGUCCAGAGAGCAGAAUAUUCUGUGUAUCAGGAGUCUCUGCAUAUGUCAUAAUUUAUAAAUUCAGCAGACAUGAAAUUACAACAGAAAUAGUGUCACUAGAAGUACGACUUCAAUAUGAUGUUGAAGAUAUUAUUACUCCUGAACCAGAAACCAGUCCUCCAUUUCCAGAUCUCUCAUCCCAGCUUCCUUCUUCAAGGAGUCUUUCUGGGAGCACCAACACUGUGGCUAGUGAAGGAGUAACAAAGGACAGUAUCCCAUGCCUCAAUGUUAAGACACGACCAGUACGAAUGCCUCCAGGGUACCAAGCAGAACUUGUUAUUCAGUUGGUGUGGGUAGAUGGUGAACCUCCUCAACAGAUUACUAGUCUUGCUGUAAGUUCAGCAUAUGGAAUAGUUGCAUUUGGGAACUGCAAUGGAUUGGCUGUGGUGGAUUUUAUACAGAAGACAGUACUGCUAAGCAUGGGAACCUUUGAUCUGUAUAGGUCAAGUGACUUAUACCAGCGACAACCACGGUCCCCUCGUAAGAACAAGCAGUUCAUCGCAGGUUUAACUGAGCUGAAUGACAGUCCUGUUCCCCUGGAACUUGAGCGCUGCAAGUCUCCCACUUCAGGACUUGCUACCAGAACUCCUGAGGCAGCACCAGGCUUUUAUAGGAAUGAAAUACCAGCUGUGAGACAGAGGAAUCAAGUACAUCACUUGCCAGACCAUGUAAAUGGACACUGCACAAGUCCAACUUCUCAGAGCUGCGGUUCUGGAAAACGGCUUUCUAGCGCUGAUGUUUCUAAAGUAAAUCGCUGGGGUCCUGGAAGACCACCAUUUCGAAAGGCACAGUCAGCUGCUUGCAUGGAGAUUUCUUUACCAGUUACAACAGAAGAAACCCGUGAAAAUUCCUAUAAUCGUUCCAGAAGCUCUAGUAUCUCCAGUAUUGACAAAGAUUCUAAAGAAGCCAUUACAGCACUAUAUUUCAUGGAAUCCUUUGCACGGAAAAAUGAUUCUACCAUCUCCCCUUGUCUGUUUGUUGGAACUAGUCUGGGAAUGGUGUUAAUCAUCUCCCUAAAUCUACCAUUAGCAGAUGAACAAAGGUUUACAGAGCCGGUCGUGGUAUUACCAAGUGGUACAUUCCUCUCAUUAAAAGGAGCUGUGCUAACAUUCUCUUGUAUGGACCGAACUGGCGGACUAAUGCAACCACCAUAUGAAGUUUGGAGGGAUCCAAACAACAUAGAUGAAAAUGAAAAAUCUUGGAGAAGGAAACUGGUCAUGAACUCUUCCUCUGUAGCCCAAGAAAUAGGAGAUAAUCAGUAUGCAAUAAUAUGCUCAGAAAAACAAGCCAAAGUCUUCUCACUGCCUUCUCAGACUUGCCUUUAUGUUCAUAACAUCACUGAGACAUCUUUCAUACUACAGGCAGAUGUGGUGGUCAUGUGUAACAGUGCCUGCCUGACAUGCUUUUGUGCUAAUGGGCAUAUCAUGAUAAUGAGCCUACCUAGUCUUCGACCAAUGUUGGAUGUUAAUUAUUUACCACUGACAGACAUGCGGAUAGCACGGACAUUUUGUUUUAGCAAUGAAGGGCAGGCAUUAUACCUUGUCUCUCCCACUGAAAUUCAGCGGUUAACCUACAGCCAAGAAAUGUGUGAUAAUCUACAGGACAUGCUAGGAGAUUUGUUUACUCCCAUAGAGACACCAGAAGCUCAAAACAGAGGCUUUCUCAAGGGACUGUUUGGUGGAAGUGGACAAACAUUUGACAGAGAAGAGCUCUUUGGGGAAGCUUCAGCAGGAAGAGCAUCCCGCAGCCUUGCCCAGCACAUUCCUGGACCAGGUGGAAUAGAAGGGGUGAAAGGUGCUGCUGGAGGAGUGAUGGGGGAGCUGACCCGUGCUCGGAUUGCACUGGAUGAGAGAGGACAAAGGCUAGGAGAGCUGGAAGAGAAAACUGCAGGCAUGAUGACCAGUGCAGAAGCAUUUUCCAAACAUGCACAUGAGUUAAUGCUGAAAUACAAGGAUAAGAAAUGGUACCAAUUCUAACUGCUAAAGAAGCUGUGACUGCUUUGAGAAACCAUUAUUCAGGGAAACCAAAUUUAUUCCCAGCAUCACUAUUCAACUGCUAGAAGCCAGUUUCUUCUACAAAAUGUUCCAUUGCCAUUCAUCUGAAGUUAUCACAAAGGAGACUUAUCAGAGACGAUGUACAACCCAAAAGCUGGAACCCUGGUAAAAUCCCAAGAUAGAUGGAAUUUGCCUUUUCCCAUGUGAAAUGGAGCCAUCAUGUUGGCAUGUCAUUGGCUAAGGAUUUACAUUUAGAAACUAUGGGGAGUCCUAUUGAUUUGGAAAUUCCUGUACAAACAAAAGCAUUAAUGCACUUAAUGAAAAAAAAAAUCUUUGCAUGAUAAAUUAACAUCUUUAAAGGAAAAGAAAAAUAAGCAUGUUGUGACAGAAGAAAAAAAGAUUUAUGGUAAACUAUUUUUGUAAAUUGGGCCACAUCCAACAAUUUUUUAAAAAUCUACAUUAGAAGAUGUCAAUCAGUACAUUUCAAGAAUAUUUGCCAUACCCAACUCCAAGGAAAGCAAAACAAAACAAAACCCCAGAGUUUGCUUCUCAUCUGUAAUUUCCAUUAUUGAGUCUUUAUGGCAAGAGUAUAAUUAAUAUUCUCUCUCCAUAGUAUUGUACAUCGUUCACAGUUCUCGGUCAUAACCAAGCAUUGCCAACAGAGUAAAUGAUCCCCAACAUAGUUAUUUCCAGUUCUCUCACCUUCAGAGCAGGUUGCUGUUUUUAACACAAACUGUAUAGGGUUGGGUCACUUCAAAGCAUUUUUCCAUCCUGGCUUGUAUUCCAUGCAGGGAAGCUGACAAUAGGUUUGGGGAAACUAGACUAUAGAAACCAUGCAGUUAGCUUUGAGGACUGAAUUCAUAAAAAGUGAAAUUUCACACAUCCCAACUUUCAGUUUCUAAAGUGAUAUAUUUUUAAAGCUCCGUUUGUAUCCUCAUCUGCCAGUUACACAGUAUAUUACUGUUUAAACCGGGUGGGUCUACAAUCCACAGGUGCUCUUGCAGCCUGACAUUCACAGACCAAAGUGGUCAUUAUCUUGAGUGUGAUGCAGUAAAACCUCAGCUAGUGUUCUGGGAAAAGAAAUUCUGAUUUAUUAAAUUUCUGAUUAAAAAGGGCUUUCAUUAGGAAACACUUUUUUGUUCAAUACUAUUAUUGGAAAUCUUUAUAAAAUAUACUGGUGUUUUUGCCAUCUUGGCCUCAGUCAUCAUUAUAGAUGACAUAAAUACAUAGUUUAGUGAUAUAAAAUCAAUACUUUUGAAACUAAUUUGGUCAAGUAAUAUAAGCUAAAGGAUUGUGUUAAUAGAUGUCAAACACUUAUUCCACAUUUAAACUCUAAAAAGUGGAAUAAAGAAUAUCCUUAACAUGCUAAGAGGUGUCUGUCAUAGCUCCACAGAAAGGUACGAGAGGCAAAGUGAAACAAGGACUCCUACUCUCAUUAUCUAACAUGAUUCUGGAAAGUCGGAGUCAUAGGAAUGUAUGUAAGCAUUUUCCUGGACCCAUCCUGUAAUAUGUUGUUUCUCCAAAAAUAAUCUUUUUUAAAAUUAUGGAUUUGGACUUUUUCUUCCUGAUUGAUCAGAUCUUACUAGGUUUAUAUUUGUGUAAAUUCUUAAGAGUUCACUGUGUUUCUGGAGUCCGGGUUACUUUAAUAACCAAAAACAGUAUUUUUGUUUGUUUUUUAGAUUUCUUGUUUGAGAUAACACUUCCCUUGCAAUGUUCUCAGGAAUUUUGAGAAGAGCAAAGAUGAUUGACAGAAAAUGUACACUAGAAUAGUAUUUUUCAGAGUCCUUGGAUUUUCCUGAUUUCUUAAAAAGGCCUCUUUAUGAAUCUCCCAGAGUCCAGUAAACAGCCUAAGGGUAACAUAAUCUGACUUGGAAAUGCAGAUAUAACACAUAAAACUGAACAGUAAAAAUAGUAAAGAAGCUGGAGGCCAGGGUCUGGAAAACACUGACAAUUAAAUUUGCAAUGCACUAUUGUACCAUCAGUUUCAAUGACCCAGUUUUCUGAUUUUUUUGGACAAAUACUUUAUCAUUUCUGCAUUUAAACCUGAAAGAGUGAAAUAAAAAUUUAUUCUAGGAAUAAUUAAAUUCACUCCAGAGUAGUAUUAAACUUAGUGAAUCUCUGAAACUCAUGAUACUAUUUGAUUUAACUUGUUCUACAGAAAGGUUUCUCAACAGUGGCACAUUAGCAUAAAAGUCUUUAUGGUGGAGCACUGUCCUAUGUACCAUAGGAUGUUAGUGACAUCCCUGGCCUUUGUCUGCUAGAUGCCAGUAGGAACCCCCUAACAGUAACAAUCAAAAAUGUCUCUAACCAUUGCCAAAAUUACUUCUAAUUGAGAGCCACUACUGUAUAUCAUUUAAAGACAGAGAUUAGUGUGAAUAUGUAAUAUAUGUCUUGUUAUAAAACUGCAUAAUUGUAUAGUGUCUUACCAAGAUAAAUUACUAUGCCCAAAAUUGUAUGUGUGGUUCAUAUGCAAUAAAAUGCAGUUUUUAGGGAAAGCUUGUAUAAAUCAGUGAGCAAUUAUGGAAUAUUUUAAAGCACUCAGAAAAUAUGAAAAGGACAUUAUAGCAUUAUAGUGCAUAAAACUCCAGAUUCAAAAUGACCGGAUCAAAAGUUUAUAAUUGACACAUCAUUUGGAAGUAAACAGGUGCUUCUGAAGUGCUUGAAAAGAAUAAAAUUAAAUUAAGUAGUUUAAAUUAUUUCAAAAUUGCUUUUAUAAGCUCUUAAUGUAAGGGUAAGUUCAUCCCACAAACUCCUGGUUAGUGGAAUCCAAAUUAAUGAGGUUUUACUGUAUCAAAUUUUUUUUAUAAUUCAAAGAGAUAGCAAUAACAAGAAUCUGAUGUGGAUGUGAUUUUCCUCUUCUGACAUUUCUGUUCUGUUGCACUGACCUUGGCAGGCACAUAGGCACACACACAGGCACACCACCACCACCACCACCACCACCACCAUCUUAUCAUCAUCAUCACCUUAGAAAUGAAUAUAGUUGAUCUAUGUGAUCCUUUACAUCUACUCAUCUUUACUAUAUUCCCUCCACCUUGGAACGUAAGAAAUAUAUUCCCUAAUAAGUUGGACAGUGACAAAAGAGAUGACUGUGAGCCUCUAUUACCAUUAAAAUUAUAUUACAUCAUCUAAGAUGGCAGCAGAAGCUAAGGCAGACUUCAGUCUCAACAAGCCAACAUUAUCUCCCUAAAACUUGCUCAAGAGAUAAGUCCUUUCUAAUGUUCAAAAGAAAUAGGCAUUUCUUUCUUUUCAUCAAUGAGAAAUAUAAGUAUUUGUUUCCCUGGUUCUAAUAAUAACUGGAGCAAUAAUCCUUACUAACCUCGGGGUUUGGAGGGAGGCAUGAAUGGGUUACACUUAUUUUAAUCCCCUACAAAGGAGUACUGUUGACUUUGCUUCCUAUACUUUGCCAAGCCCCACACUUAGUGCCCCAGUCACCAUCAGGGUCGUUGGCUUAACUUUGGAAUGACAGUGACAGAUCUGCAUUAGGCAUUUUCCAAUACUUCAGUGAUAGAGAAAAAUUUAUUCAAGUCUUUGGGAAGUGAUUCUCAAGUUAGUAAAUUAAAAUCCAUGUCUAUAUUCCUCCAAGUUUUUAAAAGAAACUAAAGGAAAAGAUUUAGUGUCGGAAUCCCUUUUUAUGUGACCCUUGUAUCCAGUUUUAAAGGUACCAUCUGUCUGUUAUCUACAUUACAGGAUCACCAAGGCUAUGAGAGAAUAAGGAAUAAGAUCCGGCCUAAGAUUAGUUGAAGAAGAUUAAGACAGGUUAUUUGAAAAACUUUAAUCUAGAAAAGUAAAUAAGAAAUCCUCUCUUUUGCUUAGGUUCAUUGGAACAACCCAGGAGGGUAUCUGUGAUUUCAGCCAGGCCUAUGGGAAAAAAGAGCAUGUUAAACUACUACAUUGGUUUAGAGAGGGCAACACUUAUAGGUGUCAGGACAUUCAUUUCAGGUCUCGCUCUUUGCAUAAGAGAACGUGGUAGCCUUCAUAGCUUCUUUUUCUCUGCCUUCUGUUGCCCAGUUCUAUUUUUGACUGGGUUUUAUUUCACAUGCACACAGCCCUAAGGGCAGAAAUACUUGUCAUGUACUUGACACAUUAUCUGUAAUAUGCACCACUCAAAGAAGCAUGGUUGUCAGCAUAACGAAUUUAGUGUUAGCAGAUAACAUCCCUUAGUGGAAGAAAUGCGAAAUAGGUUAAGAUCAGACUUGGGGAAGGAGGAAGAAGAACCAAUUUGGUGCAAGGAAAUUGGGAUGAGGAGGGACAUGGGAGCCAGAGCAAAGUGGAAGAGGCUUUGAUGAGGAUUCAGAAGCAUGGGUAGAUAGAUGCCUUUAGAUGUAUGAUUCUCAACCUUGUCUAUACAUAAGAAUCACCUAAGGAGAUUUCAAGAUUCCCAAUUAUAGCAAAAUUCCUCCCAGUGAUGAACCAGAUGUAAGUACUUUUGAAAGCCCCAAAGGUGGCCCUGAUGUCCAGCCAAAGUUGACAACUGCUUUAUGGUCAACUAAGGACAGUAUGUUUGUCCACCUUGGCUGGUGUCUCAGCCAGCUUCUGAGUAGUCCAGGGAGGCAAGGGGUAAGAGAUACAGCGGUGACUGGGUUCGUAUUUAUUCUGUGUCUUUCACAGAACAAAAUAUUUCUGCCCAGGCGGGGCCUAGUUAACACUUAACACUUUGUGAUAUUUUCCUGUGUGACUUUCCCAUUAAUUAUUCUAAUUCAGACUUCUAGGUUUUUGAUUGUCUUAAACAUAUGAUGCACUGGAUCACAGUAAAUGCAAGAGCAUAAUAAAGCUAACUAGAAAACUAAUUCUCAAUAUUUGGACAGUGGGAAUUCUCAAAACAGUCAUUUACUAUAUCAGGUAAAAAUUUCUUAUGGAAGGCACCUGGAUACCAGGUGUUCUGCUACAGGUAUAUUUUAUUUGACUUGAUAUUAGCAAAGAGGGAGAACAACUCUUCUUUUUUUGUAUGUUAUUAUCUUAAAAGCCCCCAGGGCCACUGGAUUUACUUUCUUAUUUGUUGCACAUAUGUUUAAAGGGGAAGGAAUGCCUGUAACUUACUAUGUCACCCCCAAUGCCUUGAAAGAGUCUUUUAUUCCUUCUAAGAGGGAGAGCCCAGCCUAUAAAAGGCAGUGUUACCAAUGAGAAGACUCCAGUUAUCUCCUCUCAUACUGCUUCCCUUCUGGUAUUGGCCCACUCUUCUCAACUUCAAAGCCAGAAAAUAAAGUAGGUGGUGGUUUUGGAAAUUGUACACAGAAUCAAAAUAUCUAAUAACCUAUAAUUUUUAGUACUUAAUUAUGUGAUGUUUUAUUCUAGGAAAUAAGAAACAGAUAACAUCAUUGAUGUAUCUUUCUUUCAUCUUCAGAAUUUUUGCAUCUUUUCAGAA